AUGGCGGUCCCGAGCCCGGGCCCGGAGCAGCGCCCGGAGGUUCCAGAUGCGCUGGUGGCAGAGCUUGCCAGGUGGCGAAGGGAGGUCUGUGGCAGCUGCGGGGCCAAAGCGAUGUUCUACUGCCCCUUCUGUUGCACGCCUCUCGGGGUUCCCGAUGGCGUCACCGUUCCAAGGGCCAGGCUGCCAUUCGCGCGGUGUGACAUUAUCUUCGACGAUGCACCCAAGAAGGCUACCAGCAUCCACGCCAAAGUACUUGCACCGGAACAGGUCCGCCUCAUCGACCUUUUCACUACAGAAGCCAACACUAAUCGCACCCUGAGCCGACCCGGCGGCGGCACUGCCACCAAGGCAGACUUCGAGGACUCAAGAGGAGUGCCCUCCAACGCCGUGAUCAGGGAGAUCCCCGAGUACGACCCUCACAUUACGCUGGUGCUCUUCCCAGACGACAGCAGUGCAACCUUCGAAGAGGUGGCUACUGAGCCAGAUUUCGGAUCACCUGAUCGUCUUACACUUGUCGUGAUCGACUCGCCGUGGAAGCGAGCACAGGUCUUGCGCAAACACCCUCGGCUGGCCAAGCUGCGAUCUAUUCGCCUUGGACAUCCUCCGCCUUCUAGAUUCUGGCGCUACCACUCGGAGGGCACAGGCUGCGUUUCCACCGUGGAGGCCCUGGCCGCUCUAGCCAAAGAAGUGCUACCCCGAACCGGGGGAGCCGCAGAGGGCUCGGUGGGGAGGCCCAGUGUGCCGGCGAAGAGUGCGUGGGAUGCCUCCUGCAAGCCUCGUUGGGCUGAGGAGCCUCUUGGAUUUGUCCUGUGCUCAGGAUGGGACUGGUAA